AUGUUUAAAUCACUCUCCUUUUCAGAUGCAGACCAUUGCACCAAGUGUCCAGAAGAUCAACAUCCCAACAAGUCCCGAGAUCAGUGUGUCCCCAAGAUUAUAACUUUCCUGUCUUAUGAAGAACCUUUGGGGAUCGUCCUGAUGUCUCUUGCUCUAUUGUGGUCCUUAAUUACUGGGGUUGUUUUAGCCAUCUUCAUUAAAUACUUAGAAACUCCCAUAGUCAAAGCCAACAACAGGGGCCUCUCCUACGUUCUCCUCAUCUCCAUCCUGCUUUCCUUCUUGUCCUCCUUCCUGUUCAUUGGCCGGCCAAGGAAAAUAACCUGCCUCCUCCGACAAACGGCCUUCAGCAUCAUCUUCUCAGUUGCUGUCUCUUUGCUGUUGGCCAAAACCAUCACUGUAGUGCUGGCCUUCCUGGCCACAAAGCCAGGGAACAAGGUCAAGAGAUGGCUGGGGAAGGGAAUGGCCAAUGCCAUUGUCAUUUCAUGUUCCAGUGUCCAAGUUGUCAUCUGCUCCAUUUGGCUGGGCAUCUCUCCACCCUUCCCUGACACUGACAUGCACUCUCAGUCUGGACAGAUCAUCCUGCAAUGCAACGAAGGGUCCGUCACCAUGUUCUAUGCUGCCCUUGGCUACAUGGGCUUCCUGGCUGCCAUCUGCUUCACGGUGGCUUUCCUAGCCAGGAAGCUGCCUGGGGCAUUCAAUGAAGCCAAGCUGAUCACCUUCAGCAUGCUGGUCCUCCUCCUGCUGCUAGUCCAACUGGUGGUGCUGCUGGUGCUGCACCUUGGCCUCACUGCUGAUGCUGAAGCUGGAAAUGCAUCUCCCAAGCCCCUCCACCACAUCGCCUCGGCCAAGAAAUAG